CCCCCCUCCGCGCGCGCGGCGCUGAGGCGGCCCCGGCCCGGCCGCGGAGCCCCCGGGACCCCCGGCCAUGGAGGGCAUGGACGUGGACCUGGACGCGGAGCUCAUGCAGAAGUUCAGCUGCCUCGGCACCACCGACAAGGACGUGCUGAUCGGCGAGUUCCAGCGCCUGCUCGGCUUCCAGCUUAGCCCCGCCGGCUGCGCCUUCUUCCUCGACAUGACCAACUGGAAUCUACAAGCUGCUAUUGGAGCCUACUAUGAUUUCGAGAGUCCAAAUAUCAAUGUCCCCUCCAUGUCAUUUGUGGAAGAUGUCACCAUAGGUGAAGGAGAGUCCAUCCCUCCUGAUACCCAGUUUACAAAAACGUGGAGGAUACAGAAUACAGGGACGGAGGCGUGGCCCCCAGGCGUUUGCCUGAAGUAUGUCGGUGGAGACCAGUUUGGCCACGUGAACAUGGUGAUGGUGAGAUCCCUGGAGCCACAGGAGAUGGCUGAUGUCAGCGUGCAGAUGUGCAGCCCCAGCACCGCCGGAAUGUAUCAGGGACAGUGGCGGAUGUGCACUGCCACGGGACUCUACUACGGAGAUGUCAUCUGGGUGAUCCUCAGCGUGGAAGUUGGAGGACUUCUGGGUGUCACACAGCAGCUGUCAUCCUUCGAAACAGAGUUCAACACGCAGCCCCAUCGCAAGGUAGAAGGAAACUUUAACCCAUUCGCCUCUCCACAGAAGAACAGGCAACCAGAUGAAAACAACCUAAAAGACCCUGGGGGUUCCGAGCUAGGCACAAUCAGCAAAAACACAUGGGGGCCUGCUCCUGACCAAAUCGAACAAGAUCAGAAUGGACUGUCACAAAACUCUGUAAAUCUGUCCCCCAGCAGUCACUCGAACAACUUGUCGGUAGUGACGUACAGUAAGUGAGUGUAUUUUUGGAAAUGUUGGAUUUCUCAGUCUCUGGAUUUUGAUGGGAGCAUCUCCUUCCUCAGGUGAACUGUCAUGCUGGAAUCUGCUGGCUGUUCUCUUUUGAAAAGCUUUAUAAGAUAAGCUGGCACUGCAGUGUAUUCCUGGGGUAGAAGUGUGUUUGUUUUUCCAUCACUUGCGUGUGUUUCUGUCUGCAAACAGCAAUUUCCACGUUCCCAGUCUUUCAUACUUCCCACACAGUUCAGGAGAUGUCCUGGUUAAUUGUCUGCUGAUCCUCCUCUUGGUUGGAUUCUGAGAGCUGCUGAGAACUGCCUCAUUUUGCCAUUUCCUUGUAUUACCACCUGAUUAUAUCCCCAAGAAUAAACAUUUUCUUUCCAGCUGUAGCAAGAUUACAGACUGUUCAUGGCACUUCCUUCCUAGUCAGAUCUGCAGCAGGGCUCUCCAGCCUGGGGUUUGCCCAUGAUGUUGAUUAUUUACAUAAUCUGUGUUCCUACUCGUGGCUCCACAGCCCUGGCUCUUGCAGUGAGGGGAUUUUUGAAGCUGUAGAACAUGCAGGAAAUGGUAUUUCCUAGGAAAUUUGUCCCGUUAAAGGCAGAAUAGUGAAAACUGAGGCCAGAGCUUCCCAUUCAGCCAGAACAGGAAUGGUUUGGGCCCUCACUGCCUUACCCAGAGUGUGCUGGGAAGAGCUGGACUGUGAUUAGAAGCAUUUUCAUAAUGGUCUUCCAACUCUGCCAUGAGAUACAAGAAGUUUUUCUCCCUCAUCUCCCUCCUGACCUCAGUGUGUGUCUGGGUUUGUGUGGGGAUUGUGUCUUCAUCACUGACAAACUUCAACUCCCUGUGAGCUGGGGCAUCCUUUGCUGCCUAUUGGUCCUUCUUCUGCUUCCUGAUGAAACCCCGGAUAACUAAUCUGGACAAUAGAAAUUACAAAAGGAGUUCCUGUUAAUUUGAGACCUGUGACUAGAUCUGACAUUUAGGUGACUCACUUCAGGAUGUAAAGGAGGGAAAUGGAUUCUGUAGGAAGCAUUCUGGGGGUUUUGGUAAAAGCUCUGGUUGAUUUCACUGGAGGCAAAUGUGUAUUGUCACCUUGACAAGGUACACGUGACACUUGUGGGAACACAGAUCUUUUUUCUCUUGGUUUUUUUUCUGGCAUAUUCUCCUACCCAGUUAUAGCCCCAUGUCUCUGGGAAAUACUGUGGUGGCUAGAGGGGCUGGGUGUGCAGGUGUUGUAGCAUCUAUAGGAAUUCUGGUGUAGAAAACACAAGUUAUUCUAUGGCCUUGGCCUAAAAAAUAUCUGACAGAGGUAAGUGCCCUCUCUGAGGAAACCAACCUUGGAACUUGUGGUUUAGGAGUGUCCUUGGAGCCACAGUGGGGUUGGUGGGAAGCCCUGGGCUGGGCUGGGCAUUCUUUGGAGCUGAGCACUGAGCAUUUUGUUUCUUGCCUGUUGAAAAUUGAUUGUGUCUCCAACUUUC